AUGACAAGCAAAGGGAAAAAGGCAAAAAGGAGCAGCCCACACCGGCCGCGGCCGGUCCACUCUGUCCGGCCCAGCCGGCCCGGGCCUGCACUAAACCCCCGCCCGGCCUCCUCCAUCCUUAUAUACCCUGUCCGUUUCCCACACCUCUCCGCACCCCGGCCGACCACCGCCUGCCCGUCCCCUGCCCGCCUCCUCCGCCUCGCCGCGAUGGCCGCCCCGACGACGCCGCUGCUCAAGGACAAGCUGGACAUCGUCAUCCCGACGAUCCGCAACCUCGACUUCCUGGAGAUGUGGCGGCCCUUCUUCCAGCCCUACCACCUCAUCAUCGUGCAGGACGGCGACCCGGCCAAGGUCAUCAAGGUGCCCGAGGGCUUCGACUACGAGCUCUACAACCGCAACGACGUCAACCGCAUCCUCGGCCCCAAGGCCUCCUGCAUCUCCUUCAAGGACUCGGCCUGCCGCUGCUUCGGAUACAUGGUCUCCAAGAAGAAGUACAUCUACACCAUCGACGACGACUGCUUCGUUGCUAAGGACCCAUCAGGAAAGGACAUCAAUGCACUCGAGCAGCACAUCAAGAAUCUUCUGAGCCCUUCAACUCCAUUUUUCUUCAAUACUCUGUACGACCCUUACCGUGAGGGUGCUGAUUUUGUUCGUGGGUACCCCUUCAGCCUUCGCGAGGGUGCCCCGACUGCUGUUUCUCAUGGGCUUUGGCUCAACAUUCCAGACUAUGAUGCCCCUACCCAGCUUGUGAAGCCUCGUGAGAGAAAUAACAGGUAUGUUGAUGCUGUUCUUACAAUCCCGAAGGGUACCUUGUUUCCAAUGUGUGGAAUGAACCUCGCGUUUGACCGCGAGCUCAUUGGUCCUGCAAUGUACUUUGGCCUUAUGGGUGAUGGCCAGCCUAUUGGUCGCUACGAUGAUAUGUGGGCUGGAUGGUGCACCAAGGUGAUUACUGAUCAUUUGAGCCUGGGUAUUAAGACUGGUCUGCCCUACAUCUGGCACAGCAAAGCAAGCAACCCAUUUGUGAACCUAAAGAAGGAAUACAACGGCAUCUUCUGGCAGGAGGAGCUGAUCCCCUUCUUCCAGUCCGUGACUCUCUCAAAGGAGGCCACCACUGUCCAGAAGUGUUACCUUGAGCUGGCCAAGCAGGUGAGGGCGAAGCUGGGCAAGGUGGAUGGCUACUUCAACAAGCUUGCUGAUGCCAUGGUCACAUGGAUCGAGGCUUGGGAUGAGCUCAACCCACCAAAGGGUGCAAUUACCACCACCAACGGCCCUGCUCUGAAGAGCAAGUGA